CACGUGUCCGACUUCACCAAGCGAUACUUUUACUCACCAAGCAUCAUUUCGCCUCGAUCAAGGCAGUAGUAAUAUCGUCAACACGGACCGGUCCUCUACACUUCAAACCUAACACACCGACAUCAAAAUGGCACCCACGACGUUAACGCCUCAAUAUCCUGCCCAGCCUUAUGGCUUCGCCCCGCCACCCUCCCCUCCUUUGGACGACUCCAACAAGUGCUCCCUGCCCUCGAUCUCGAACCUGCUCGUCAUGGCCGAUCAGGGAUCUCCUACCUCAGAGACAUCUCCUCAGUCUCAGCAAUGUAUGGCCGGCCAACCCAUCUUGAUACCAGGGAACUGUGGCAAGACUAACCAUUCUUCAGUACACUUCUCAAAGCCUGACAACCGUCCCAACUCUUCCCAGUUUGGCAACCCAGCAUCCAUCAGGGCGAACCUUCCCCCUAGUCCUCCCAUGUCCUCGGAGGCUUCUUUUGAGGGAUACCACUCUCCUUCAAGCAAGCCAACAAGCCAGUCCCAGGGCAGCUCCAACUACUACUAUGAGACCACGCCGCCUUUGAGCCAGCAUGAAGCCGACUCCCGGCAGAUGGCCACUGCUGCACCCAGAGCCCCUGUGUACCCGUCGCCAGCUGGCUACUCGAGUCAGUCAGGCAUGAACCCUUAUUAUCCUCCCAUGCAGCCGACACCCCCUCCGCAGCAGCAGAUGUCGGGCUUGUACUACCAGCGACCACUUCCUCAGACUUUCACCCCUUCUGUGCCAGUUUCAGUCACCCUCGCACCAGCCACGGGAGCCAACCCUUGGCAACAUCACCACUAUAUCGCUCCUUCUUCCACUGCAUCUUUCCCGCAGUCUCAGGACCGGUACAUCUGCCAGACCUGCAACAAGGCCUUCUCUCGACCUAGCUCAUUGCGAAUCCACAGCCACUCUCACACUGGCGAGAAGCCUUUCAAGUGUCCCCAUGCAGGUUGCGGAAAGGCCUUCAGCGUUCGCAGCAACAUGAAGCGUCAUGAGCGUGGAUGCCACAGCUUUGAGAGCAGCAACGGCAACAGCAGCGGCAACAGCAACAACGGCUCAUCUGCCUAAGCGACCAAUCUUCGGUUCUUUUCUUUUUGCGCUUCCAAUCAGCCUAGACGGUCCGGAUUGGCAUGAAAGAUUUCGACAAGUGUUCAUCACCACCUCCAUGGGAAGUCGGAUUUUAUAUGCAGGCAUGCAUUCCUACAAAGCCUAGCAUGUGUUUACGGAAAAGAGGGCGACAAAUCACCGGAUACAAAUGGCGCAUCACUGCUUGGGGCCGGCAAAGAUUUC